AAUUUGGGGUGUUAAUAGGAGAAAGGGGGGAGGAAGAGACAACAGCACAGCGAGAGAGCGAAAAAGCGAUUUGGUCUUGAGAGAGGAGGGGGUGGGGGGGGGUGAGUGCUCUCAAGGCAGAAAAUUCGAUGAUGACCAUGACAACGAUGGCUGACGGUCUGGAGGCUCAGGACUCGUCCAAGUCCGCGUUCAUGGAGUUUGGGCAGCAGUCGCACUCGCAGCAGAGCUCCCCGUCGAUGGCCGGCGGCCACUACCCGCUGCACUGCCUCCACUCCGGAUCGCACUCUCACCACCAGCACGACAGCACCGCGUACCCCGGGACCAACACCUACAACCGGUCGCUACCUUACCCAUACGUGAGCCAUCCGCACCAUAGCCCCUACCUGCCGUCCUAUCACAACAACGCGGGGGGACAGACGCGGUUAGACGGCGCAGAGCAGCAGAAGACGACAGUGAUUGAAAACGGGGAGAUUCGGUUUAACGGAAAGGGGAAGAAGAUACGCAAGCCGCGGACGAUCUACUCCAGCUUGCAGCUCCAGGCACUGAACCACCGAUUCCAGCAAACCCAGUACCUCGCUUUGCCCGAGCGCGCCGAGCUGGCGGCCUCUCUGGGACUGACGCAAACGCAGGUGAAGAUCUGGUUCCAAAACAAGAGGUCGAAGUUCAAGAAGCUGCUGAAGCAAGGCAGCAACCCGCACGAGAGCGACCCCAUCCCGGGCUCCAUGUCCUUAUCCCCGCGCUCCCCAACCAUCCCUCCGAUCUGGGACGUUUCGGCCUCUUCCAAAGGAGUGAACAUGCCGGCCAACAGCUACAUGCCCGGCUACUCUCACUGGUACUCGUCUCCACAUCAAGAUUCGAUGCAGAGAUAGACUGGCGAGGGCCAAACGGAGGGGUGGGGGUGGGGUGGGGGUCAGCAAAGGCAGUCUGCAUGGAGGCCCUUUUUCUGCGGGAUCUCCUUUUUUUUCCCGCAACGUAGCCUACACUUUGGACGCUGGAGAGGAGCGAGAGCGAGCCGCUCCUCUGCUGGAGGAUUAAACCAGCCAAGCCUCGGUGCAGGGACACAAACUAAAGUGGGACUUAUUGGGUUUUUUGGUUUUUGGUUUUUUUUUUCAAGCGUACAUGGCUGUUGAUUUGGCACGUUUUUGUCAUGCUUUCAUUCAUGUCUGAAUAUACCAAAUAUUGCCAGUGACAUUUUUUUUUUUGUAUUUGUUUUUAGGGGGGCUGGAGGAGGAACAGGAGGAGGGGGGGGGAACGUGGGGGUGAGGGGGAGGAAAAGACGUAUCGGUGCACCAUCACUGACUGGAAAAAACAAAGAGAUUUUUUUUUCUUUUGCCAUAAUAACAACACCCCUUUGACUGCAUUUUUUUUGUUGUUGUUGUUUUUUUUCCCAACAUGCAAAACCGAGCAAAAGUGUCUGUAAAUAUAUUCUGCGACUUUAGUUGUACAUACACUUUUUAUGUUUUGUCAGAAUGAGUAAAACCGUGACUCAAAACAA